GUUGCUUUGGCUAAUAAUAAAUUGCCAGUUAUUUCAAUUAAGAUGAAUGUUCCAAAAUAGUUAUCAGACGAAGAUUUACUUAUCAGCUCAGUCGAUGUGAUGCGUGCUAAUUUAGCUAAUCAGCUAGCUAGCUAGCUAGCUAGCAAAUAGUUAUGUGACACCGCCUUAAUAAUUUGUAUACCUACACAAAUUAAUGUCAAACAAACAUGUCGACCUUUCCAUUACCAGGCCACAGAUAUAAUCACAGUUUUAAACAAGCACAAUUUUAUUGGGAAAUAAAAUGCAGAUGAGUUGGACCAGAGCCCGUCUACAUUCUCUGGUUGGACUUUUGCUCCAGGGGCCCUCCCUAGACCAAGAGUACUGUGAACUUUCCGGACAUGCGCAGCCUUGUCUCUCAAACCUGAAGUUUGGCUAGGUAGCCUAAAAUGUUCUGUCUAGAAUGUGUGCCAAACGAAUGGGAACAUAGCUUCUGAAGAACGUAACUAUUAGCAUACCACUUCUCUAUAUUGUGCUUAGCUAGCUAGUUAGAUAACACCAGGUUCGUAAAUCCACUGGCUAACUCGGUGGACAAGGAAAAAGUAAUUCCAAAUGAUGAGCCACAUUUCUGAAUGAUGUGUUCAUUGGAAAUGGUUUUAGCAGAUGCCAAGUCGCUCGUGGAACGUCUGCGCAACCAUGACAGCGCAGCAGAGAUGCUCAUUGAACAGACAACUAUCCUUAACAAGCGAGUGGAAGCAAUGAAACAGUAUCAAGAAGAAAUUGAGACGUUAAAUGAGGUGGCAAGACAUAGACCCCGCUCCAGCCUUGUAAUGGGAAUUCAGCAGGAAAAUCGACAGAUCCGUGAGCUACAACAAGAAAACAGAGAGUUGCGAACGUCUCUAGAAGAACACCAAUCAGCCCUUGAACUUAUUAUGACUAAGUAUAGAGAGCAGGUCUUCAGACUCCUUAAGGCCAGUAAGAGAGAUGACCCCGCCAUUGUUACACAGUUAAAGGAGCAGCACACCACUGAAAUGCAGGCACACUACGAUAAAAUAAAUGAGAUGGCGACAGUAAUGAAGAAGGCAAUUGAAGUGGAUGAGGAGAGACAAUGUGAAGAUGAGGAAAGGAUCAAACAAUUGGAGCUGGAGAAUAAUGGACUUCGUGAGUUGUUGGGAGUCAGCCGAGAGGCCUUCUGGGUAAUGGAGAGAGAGAAUGCCUCAGAUAGCUCUUCACUGUCGGCCCUUUUAACCAGGGCUGACAUCAACCUUCGGAAGAGCUAAGCCCUGUAGGACCUUCCUCCCGUUCCACCCUCCCAACUCACUUCUAGUCCCACAGACUCAGAACACUGCAGCACAAUGCAAAACCUUUCUUUAAUAUUGUUGUGGCAGAUGUCUAUUUUGUUGCAUGUGAGAAUUGUGUUAUAAGUAGUGAUAUGGAAUAAAACGACUGAAUUGGGUAUCAAUUCUUGACCAUC